AAAGGUUACCGUUUUACCGGUCUAACCGGUUUUUCCGUUACCGCUUUACCAGUUUUACCGUAUCUUAGCGGUUUAACGUUCGAUAUGAAUGGAUAAGAAAAUUUAUUAGAAUGGGAGAUUAUUUAACGAGUGUAUUGAUGUGGAUAUUUUAACGGCUUAUUUCUUCUUUGACUUUUCUUUCAAAAAAGAAAAGAUCAAUACACUCAUUAAAUAAUCUCCCUUUCUAAUAAAUUUUCUUAUCCAUUCAUAUCGAACGUUAAACCGCUAAGAUACGGUAAAACUGGUAAAGCGGUAACGGAAAAACCGGUUAGACCGGUAAAACGGUAACCUUUACCGUUGCAUUCCUAGUCACCACGCAACAACCGCUGUCCAUGUUAACUCCAUUUUACACUUUACGCAAGUAAUCUGAACUCUUACGUUGCUUUAGUAUUUUGCCAUACGAAAAAUUUCGUUUUGCACUUAGAGUAAGACAUUUUGGAUUAUAUUCGAUUUCGAGCAUAAUCGAAAUCGGUACAUGCCUAGAUAUUAUGUUAUGAUUAUUGAGCUAUUGCGCUUUUGUCUUUAUUAUGUUCGGUUUUUCUUUAGUUAAAGUUAAACCUCAAAUCGUUAUACUUUCCGCCAUGAUGUCUACAUGGGUUGAACAAGCUUCUGGUAAAUAUAUGAAUGGUGAAGAUAAAUUCGAAACAAUUGAUCUGAUUAAAGGUGACUUAAUAUGGGAUGAAGAAUUUCAAGUUUGGGUUGAUUAUGGAGAUGAUUCUCCUUUAAUAGAUGGUGGUGUAUGGGAAGAACUAAAAGAAUUUAAUGAAGAACAAAUAGCUGUGUCAAAACCGAUUUACUCCACAUCACGUUUUCCAAUGAUACAGCAUUUUCGUGGACAAUCCUUAUCCCAAGGUACCAUUGUUUAUAUGAAAUCACCGUUAGAUGGCGAUAAGAAGAUACGUCCUGGUCUUGUUUUAUCAAGAACCGAAUUCAACCUAACUGGAAACCCCUGUAUAGUACCUUAUACAACAAUUGUUUUGGGAAAACAAAACUGGUCGUUAUUCACCAUGGAGAUCCGACCGGUGGAUGCUGCCACAGAAGUGUAUAGUGUCAAGGGUUUUAUAAAAACUGACGUUAUGAUGAAUAUAUCAAAAGAAUGGAAACUUUAUUUGAUGCAAGCAUUCUUUUAA